CAGCCCUCGACAUGCGAAGAACGACAGCACUGUUGUUUGCCGCGUCGAGAUGCGCGAGGUUCCAUACUUCGCGUAGGCUCUCCUCAGUGCCGAUUGUGAAGAUCACCAAUGGCACUUUUUACCGCCGACAUCCUGAAUCGAGGCCAGCUCCAGGCCAGGACGCGCCUUCGAAUCUGCCGUUGUUUCCAGGGCUGAGCCUGUCACUGCCGUCCUUUUCGACGCCAAACCAACAUUGGGCCAUCUUGAGUCCGUCAUCAAACAUCCGUACUGCUUUCCUCCAGCUUCUUCGAGGCAAAUUUCUGUGCUUCCCACCAACAGCCCGGACAUACCCGUACCUUCUAUCCCUGGAAUUGUCAGAUAAGGCCCCUAGGUUACGGUAUCCGGACCAAGCCAUUGAACAUGUUGGCUUCGAUGUUGAGCGCAAGGCUUUUGGCGGCGCGUAUCUCUCUGCUCGCUACGAGAGUCUGAAAGAGGAGGGCGAUUUCACGCUGAAGCGGUACUUGACCGGCAUCGUCACCUUAAAUCCUGGUGAGGAAGAGCUGAAAGCGAAGGCUGUUGACGAAGAAGUCAUAAGACGUGUUAUGAAAGACCUCGAGCUCGAGAAGUUCUUGGACAAGCCCGUCAAUAUGCUCAGCAAUGGACAGAGUCGCCGAGCAAGGAUUGGCAAGGCGCUUUUGACGAAACCUGAGGUUCUCUGCUUGGAUGCUCCUUUUAUCGGCCUAGACCCAAUCGUGACUCAGCACAUCUCUCGAGUGUUGCAUCGUCUUGCUGAGGCGAACUCUCCUAGAAUUGUACUGUCGCUACGACCACAAGAUGCGAUACCAGACUGGAUCACGCAUAUCGUCUACGCUGGUGAAGACGGGAAAGUCGACUCACUCGGGCCAAAGGAAGAGGUCUUUCAGUAUCUGAAGCAACAGUACGAUGAUGCUGAGAAGUCUUUACAGUCCAGCUCAUCAAGAUAUGAGCUAGAUGCUAAGCUCGUAGAGCUGCGCGAAGUGGGCCGCCAUUUGUCCGAGCGAGGCGACUUCGAGUCACACGGCUCUGAUGCUUCCGGGCUCUUCGGCGCCUUGAGUCGCGACGGCUACAAGAGGGUUGAAGAUACCCAGGUGCCGAUCGGCGAGCCUGUCGUCGAAAUGCAGGGCGUAAACAUCAAAUACGGGGCCAAUUCGGUACUUGGAGGGUGGCAACAGAAUAUCAAUGGUGAAGAAAAGGACGGACUCUACUGGGACGUCCAUCGCGGCCAACGCUGGGGCAUCUUCGGUGCGAAUGGUUCAGGAAAGACUACACUUAUUAGUCUUGUCACGUCCGAUCACCCACAGACGUACUCAGCGCCAGUUAGGCUUUUCCAGCGAUCGCGCCUGCCGGAGCCCGGCAAGCCAGGAAUUACGAUUUUCGAGGUGCAGGCGCGUAUGGGCCACGCUUCUCCCGAAGUUCAUGCGCUCUUCCCAAAGCGCCUGACUAUUCGUCGCGCACUCGAAUCUGCUUGGAGCGGGACCCCAGUCACCAAAGCCCGCCUGGAUGAUGAUGCAACGAAACGCGUUGAAGCAUGUCUACGCUGGUUUGAGCCUGAGCUCAGCCCCUUGCUCAAAGAUGGCAAGGUUUCGCAUGGCAACUUGGACUGGGCAUCUAAUGUAUUGUUCAGCGAGAGCUCCUACUCGGCACAACGCGUUCUCCUCUUCCUGCGCGCUACAAUCCGCAACCCCGACAUCGUCAUUCUCGACGAAGCAUUCAGCGGUAUGGACGAUCUCGCCAGGGACAAGUGUCUCUUAUUCCUCAGCCGCGGUGAUUCGAUGGAGCUACAUUACACAAAUACAGGUCACAGACCCGUGGAGACAGGCAAAGCUGUAGUCGUGCCGGGUCUGCAGGACCAUCAAGCACUACUAUGUAUCAGUCAUAGCAGACAGGAAGUGCCUGGGUGCGUAAGAGACUGGAUAUGCCUGCCAGAACCUGGCACUGGACCGCCGAGAUCUGGCAAGUUUGAUGGGCCUGUUGAGAUGAGCAAGGAGAGGUGGAACGAGAUAUGGAGUUGGUCGUAGAGAUAUAGUGAAGAGAACGUACAAUUAUAAUAAAUUUUUGCUCAUAGUAAAC